AUGCAGCUUCCUCCGAUGGAAGUGUUGUUAUCAUGGCCUCUGCCAAACUACGUCGAUCCGGUGUCUGGGGGCCCGGCCGUCUUGAUUGUGAACAUUGUCACCAUGAGUCUUGCGUUCUUGUUGACGCUGUUACGGUUGUAUACUCGGUUACGAAUCACAUGCACACCAGGACUGGAUGAUAUCUUUAUUGUGGUCGCUCUGGUUUUCGCUAUCGGAAUGUGCGUCGUUACCUCGUUGGCCGCUCAGGUAUGGGGAUGGGAUCGACACAUCUGGGAUAUCCCUAUGAGCUGGCUCCCGACCGUGCAGAAGCUGAACCUCGCCUUCCAAGUCCAAUUCUCCGUGUCCUCCAGCUUCACCAAGUUGUCGCUCCUCUGGUUCUGCAAGCGUUUGAUCGGCACAGGAGCGAAGGGUCUGUACCGGACAUACUAUUGGGUUUUGAUCGGAUCAAUGGUUUUUGUGGGAAUCUGCUGUAUCCUGUUCGAGCUGGUCAGCAUUUUCCAGUGUCGCCCGAUCCAUGCCUUUUGGGACUUGGAGCCCCAGUAUCCUCAUACCUGCCUUAACGAUGGAGCCGCCGUCUUCUCCGCCAGUCUUAUCAAUAUCCUUACCGAUUUCAUGUGCACCGUCCUUCCCAUGCCAUUGAUUUGGAACCUGAAGCUGCCCACCCGCCAACGGCUUGCCGUCAUGUCGAUUUUCGGUUUGGGUAUUGUCGUCAACGUCGCUGGCUCCAUCCGUACCGCCUAUGUCUACGAGAGUAUGCUUGGUACCUACGAUGCUACCUGGAUGGGCUGGCCGAUUUUGUUGUCCGCCGCUGUCGAGAUCAACUUGGGAUUGAUCUGUGCCUCUGCACCAGCACUGCGACCUCUCAUGGCAUCCUUCCUCCCCCGACUGCUCCAGACCACCCGCCAGUACGCCUACUCGUCCAGCAAGCGAGCCUCGAAACUCUGGUCCACCGGACCAUCGAAAUUCUCGAACGCGCUCGCCUCGAACGCCAACGGCGACCUGGAGGCGCAAGACGCUCGUCUCGAGGUGCUCCGAACCGUCGAGAUGGAAUCAUGGUCCGAAGCAAUGAACAAAACCAUCACCGUCCCCAACAUGUACAACGUCACCUCGAGUCACACUCGCGCGCCAUCAGCUUUCGACAAAGUCGAUCUGAAGACCGGCGAGAUCUGCCAUGCUUCAGUACCCAGCAGCUCGUCGGGGCCAUCAUCCCCGCCUCCGAGUCAGCCACGAUCGCCACUCGAGAAAGAGUUUUAA